AUGUCGGACGUUCAGGAACGCCUCAAGAAGCUCGGUGCCUCCGCGCGUAUCGGUACGUUUGCCGGCAAGGGCACUCCCCGCCGCAAGAUGAAGCGUGCGCCCGCGCGCUCCGCCGCCGACGACAAGAAGCUCCAGGCUGCCCUGAAGAAGCUCAACGUCCAGCCCAUCCAGGCCAUUGAGGAGGUCAACAUGUUCAAGUCUGACGGCAACGUCAUCCACUUUGCUGCUCCCAAGGUCCACGCUGCCGUCCCCGCCAACACCUUCGCCAUCUACGGCAACGGUGAGGACAAGGAGCUCACCGAGCUUGUCCCCGGCAUCCUCAACCAGCUCGGCCCCGACUCCCUCGCCUCGCUCCGCAAGCUCGCUGAGAGCUACCAGAACAUGCAGAAGGAGGGCAAGGACGGUGAGGAGGACGACAUUCCCGACCUGGUCGAGGGUGAGAACUUUGAGAGCAAGGUCGAGUAA